UUAUUAGAGGAUGAGGACAAGGAGGCGUGGGUGUUGGAGCUCAGUACAGAAGAGGCGUGGGUCUGGAGCACGCACAAGAUCACGACUCGAGUGGUUUGAUUAGAUCCAAGUCGCGGGGAUGCAAAUUUAGUUGGUUUUUUUUUCACCCCAAAGAACGCAAAUCACCGAAAGAGGGCAAAACCUGCAAGUUUUGUCACUGGAAACCAAUUUAAGAGGACUCCUUUCGUCAAAAUGUGCUCGGGGCGAGUUCGCUCAAAGACGCCGCGGACUGGCGCUCUCGUGGCCCGCUCGCUGCUUUGCCUCGCCGGUCUCCUGCUCGCUUCGCCCUUGGGAUGUGCCUUCAACCUGGACGCGGACGACCCAUCUGUUUACAGUGGGGACAAGGGCAGCUACUUUGGAUACGCGGUCGACUUUUAUUUGGCUGACUCCGCCAGCGCCAGCGUGGUGGUGGGUGCUCCCAAGGCUCACACGAAGCAAAUCGACAUUAUUGAAGGAGGCGCCGUGUCCUACUGUCCAUGGCGCCUUGGUCAAUCCGAUUGUCACACCAUCGAGUUUGACACGGAAGGGGCUCGCGUCGUCCUGAUCAACAACACGGUGCAUCAGAUCGAGUUCAAGUCGCACCAGUGGUUUGGCGCCACUUUGCGUUCCCACAGUGACACGAUUCUAGCCUGCGCACCUCUGUACUCGUGGCGGACUGAAAAGGAUGUUCCGCGGUCUGACGUCACUGGGACUUGCUACCUCUCUGUUCAGAAUUUCACCAAAUUUGUGGAGUACGCUCCCUGUAGAACAGAAAUCAGCGAUGAGCGAGGACAAGGCUACUGCCAAGGAGGAUUCAGUGCCGACUUCACCACGGACGGUCGAGUGGUGUUGGGUGGGCCGGGCAGCUACUUCUGGCAGGGUCAGGUGAUUGCCGCAGAUAAAGAGGACAUUAUUAAGGCCUAUUACCCAGGCUACUUUAUCCAGUCUGUGGAUGGUCAGAUCCAGACAAAAGAGAUCCAGACUAAACACGAUGACAGCUACCAAGGUUACUCUGUGGCUGUGGGGGAGUUCAGUGGAGAUCAAGUAGAAGAUUUUGUGGCCGGUGUUCCGAAAGGAGUGAUGCUUUACGGUUUGGUAUCCAUCUUGAAUGGAACAGACUUAAAGAUCAUGAUUAACUACACAGGCGAGCAGAUGGGAUCAUAUUUUGGCUAUGCAGUGGCCACCGCUGAUGUCAACAAUGAUGGGAUGGUCGACCUGCUGGUGGGUGCCCCCAUGUUCAUGACGCGAGGCUCCGAUGGCCGUCUGGAGGAAAUGGGCCGGGUCUACGUAUACCUGCAGCGUGGCCCCUUGAGCCUGGAGCUCAGCCUACUUCAUCUGACGGGCACUCAGGUGUUUGGGAGAUUUGGCAGCACCAUUGCACCGCUGGGAGAUCUGAAUCAGGAUGGAUUCAAUGACGUGGCUGUCAGCUGUCCAUUUGGUGGGGAGGAGCAGCAGGGCUUGGUUUACAUCUACAACGGCUUCCCUCAAGGGCUCCAAGAAAAGCCGUCCCAGGUGAUCGCAGGCCAGUGGGCUGCAGGUUCCAUCCCUGCCAGUUUUGGCUUCGCACUCAGAGGGGCCAAGGACCUGGAUGGUAAUGGUUACCCGGAUCUUAUUGUUGGUGCCUUUGGCGUUGAUAAGGCAGUUCUCUACAGAUCCCGUCCCAUCGUCAACACCACCGCCGCCCUGACCGUUUAUCCCACCAUGAUCAACCCUGAAGAGAAAAACUGCAUGAUCCCUAACGGGAAUACCAGCAUUUCCGUUUCCUGUGUCAACUUGAGUUUCUGCAUAUUUGCUGACGGGAAGCACCUACCAGACGUCCUCGAUUUCCAAGUGGAGGUGCAGCUCGACAGUCAGAAGUUCAAGCAAAAAGGAGCAGUGAAGAGAGCGCUCUUCCUGGACUCCCAGCAGCCUUUGCUGCAGGGGAGGAUAAGGGUGCACCAUGGCGAGCGUGUCUGCAACCACACCAAGAUCUACCUCAGAGAUGAGAAGGACUUCAGGGAUAAACUCUCCUCCAUCUUGGUGACAUUGAACUUCAGCCUGGAUAGCAAUGCUGCUGCGGACUCGCACGGUCUGCGACCCAUCCUCAACUAUCAAUCCCCCAACAUAAUUGAGCAGAAGGCUCAGAUUCUGCUGGAUUGUGGAGAAGACAACAUCUGUGUCCCUGAUUUGAAGCUGGCAGUCCAUGGGGACAGGAAGGAAGUGUACCUGGGUGAUGAGAACGCCCUGACUCUGACUUUCAACGCCAGGAAUGAGGGCGAGGGGGGCGCAUACGAGGCAGAGCUGUAUGUGGUGCUGCCACCCGAGGCCGACUACAGCGGCAUCGCCCGCAAUAACGAGCAGAGCUUAACCCAGCUGACCUGCAGCUACGACACCGAGAACCAGACCCGAUACCUCAGCUGUGAUCUGGGAAACCCCAUGAAGUCUGGCACCAGUCUUUGGGCAGGUCUUCGCUUCACGGUGCCUCGGCUGAAAGACACACACAAAACUGUCCAGUUUGAGCUGCAGAUUCGCAGUAAGAAUGAGAACAACUCCCACAGCGAGGUGGUGCCUUACAAGUUGGAGGUGGUUGUCCAGGCUGAGGUCAUCCUGCAAGGGGUGUCUCGCCCAGAUAAGGUCUUCUUCCCACCGGCCAACUGGAAGGUGACCAAGAACUACGAAGUGGAGCAGGAAGUUGGGCCGGGAGUGGAACACAUCUACGAGCUGGUGAACAAUGGACCCAGUCGGAUCAGCCACACCCUGCUGGAGCUGCGCUGCCCCCUCUCCGCCCAGGGCCACGCUCUGCUUUACCCCCUGGAGUUCUCCACCGAGGGCCCCGUCAACUGCACCGCCGGCAGCAACAUGAACCACCUCCAACUCCGACUCCAACACACGUCAACGGAAGCGCCUCAUCUGGCGCUGAAGGCCCACAAGCACCGUGUGGAACGGCGGGACGUGCACAGGAGCCCGCUCGCACACUUGGCGAACCUGUCUUGUUCCAAUGUGGACUGCUGGGCCCUGCGGUGCCAAGUGGGUCUCCUGGAGAAGGGGACCACGGCCAUCCUCAAAGUGCGCUCCCGUGUCUGGGCGGAGACCUUCAUGGAGCGACCGUAUAAGCAAUAUGUGCUGGAGUGCCUGGCCAAAUACAGUGUGAAGACCAUGCCCUACGCCAUCCUGCCCAAACACGCUCCCAGUGGACACAAAAAGGUGGUGACCCCAGUGGUGUGGAACAAGCCUGACAUUGAAAACUCUGUCCCGCUAUGGAUCAUCAUCUUGGCUAUUCUGGCUGGUUUGCUGCUUCUGGCCUUGCUCAUCUUCGUCCUCUACAAGUUCGGCUUCUUCAAGAGAUCCCUCCCAUACGGCACUGCCAUGGAGAAAGCCCAACUCAAACCACAGGCUGCCUCGGAGGCCUGAGCGGCCCACGCGAGAGCACCCGCUAGCAGAACCACAGAAUCAGGCCACAUGAUUGCAAAGGAGACACACGACGGAGGACUGCCAAGCAGCAAAGAAACGAGACCACUGGAACUACUAGACUGGGCAGAAGAAAAUUCCUAAUGUACUCCCAACCAAAUGAAUGUUUUUUUUUUUUAUUUAUGUUUGCAGACAGGUUGGUUAGCAAAAUAGAUCAUUAAGAUCACUCCUUCUGUAGUUUAUGGGGCUGACCUGUCCAGGAUGCUCCCAGGAUUGUCCCCAAAUGCAUGCUGGGAAAAGUCUCCAGCAUCCAGAACAGGUUAAGCGGGUAUAGACAACCGCCAGGAUGGACGCGUCGAGUCGGUCCAUGGCGAUGAUCUCUCUGCCUCAGGUCGGAGGACGGUGCUGCGUUGAGUUGUUUUUGCACUCAAAGAAAAUCUACUGAUUCACUUCCAUUGAUGCCAAAGACUGACUUGCGCUCCUUGCAAGUUCUCAAGUUGCCUGCUACUGAUUGAUUUGCUUGUUGACCAGAACCUCUGAAUAGCUCGAGAUGGGACUGGAACUGGAGGACCUUGAAGCCUUGCUUUAAAAGUUCCACCAGAGAACAUUUUUGUACUCUGAAAAGUCAUGAUGCCUCGAACCAAAGCCUUAAACCUGACAAUCAGCAGUGUUGUAGCUUAGACAGAGGGUUCGCGUCGGGACCAGGCGUCGCUGUUAAGCGAGUGUGAAGGAGCCCCUUUUCAGCCUGGUGUUACUGUGACAUACUUUAUUUAUGACCCUUUUGACUAAGAGAGAAAAAAAAUCAUCCCACUACCAAAAGACUGCAGGACUGAACUUGAUCAAGACAAGUGUUGAGAUUUUUUGUUCUAUUUUAGUUUUGUUCUUGGACUUUUACAUGCAAAUACUAUCUGACCUUUGGGUGUGCUAGCGGAUAUGCAUUUGUGUGAAUGGUAUAUUUAUGAAUGUUAGUUUUAUUGUAUGAAUUCCUCCACCGUUCCUAGCAGUAAGUCCUUGUUAGCCCCCCCCGUCUAGGCACCUGGAGAGUGUUGACAUCAGCUUUCCACCCUGACGGCAAAGCUGUCGCCACCAUCCAGAUUUGAUUGUCACAGUUGUUAGCCAUGUGCGGACACAAUCGCAAUCCACGCCUAUUUGUUUUCAUAUCGGUUUAUUGGAGAAUGCCGAUACUAUCGAUUGGUAUUGGCACUAAUUCCUAACAAUUUCACAUUGCAUAAUUGUAAGUGCGCAUCAACUAUAGUGAUCGUCAUGGUUAGUAAAGGUAUUGUUGCAAUACUGUCAAUGUCAUUGUGGAUCAAGUAUCGCAAUACUGUUGUCAUCGUGGUAAAAGUAUUGGGAUACUAUUUGGUAUCAUGAUAUUACUGUCAUUUUUACAGAAUCGUGCAACUGCUGUCAUUAAUGUAGAAGUAUCGUGAUACUAUUGUCACGGAGGUAGAAAUAUCCCAAUACUAUCAUCAUUGACAUAAUAUCGCUAUCGAGGUAAAAGGUAUCCUGAUACUAUUGCCAUUACGGUCCAAAUGCCGUCAUAUCAUAUACUGAUAAUAUUGUGAUUACGAUAACCUUUAUUAGUUCCACAAUCGGGACAUUUCCAACAUUUCAGCAGCAAAGGUGGAUACCAGAAAUAACAAAUGAGGGUCUAAGUAUUAUCAUAUCACCAGAGAUGAUGUGGUAUCGUGACAAUGUCAAAAUGUUCCAUGUAUCAUUAUGUCAUCAUCAAUGCGGAAUUAUAAGUACACUAUUGUCAUUGAUGUAGAAAUAUCACAAUACCAUCGCCAUUUAUAUCAUAUUGCCAUCAAUGUACAGGUAUCGUGAUACUAUUGUCAUUAAUGAAGAAGUAUUGCAAGACUAUUGUCAUAAUGAUCCAAAUGUCAUAUUAUUAUCAGAGUCUACGUCUAGUGAUACUUUCAUCAUUGAUGUAGAAAUAUUGAGAUACUGGCGUUAGUGAUAUGGCGGGAUCAUCAUCCUAUUGUCAUAAUGGUCCGUUCAUUAUAUUGCGGGCACUGUGGCGGUAUUGUGAUACUAUCAUUAUCGAUAGUAGCAGUAUCAAGACAGUCACUGAUGUAAGCAGUAUAAUGAUGCUAUUAUUAUUGAUAGAGAAGUAUUGCAAAUAUUUUCAUUGAUCUCAAUUGUGAUACUGUGAUUAGCUGGCGACCAGUCCAGGGUCUCGCCCAAUGUCAGCUGGGAUAGGCUCCAACACGCCCGCCACCCUAGUGGAUAAGGAUAAGCGGUAGGGAAAAUGGAUGGAGGGCUAGAUUGUGAUACUAUUGCCAUUGUGGUCCAAGUAUCAGCAUACCAGCAUACUGUAGUGGUAACGUGAUAGUAUUGCCAUGAAAUCCUCGAACUAGAGCAAUACUUGUGUCAUUGAUGUAGAAAUAUAGCGAUAAUAUCGCCGCUGGUGGAAAGGUAUCACAAUAUUAUUGUCAUUGAUGUGAAAGUAUUGCUAUACUGUUGACAUCAUCCAAGUAUCAUUAUAUCGUCAGCGGUGUAGAGGCAUCGCAAUACCAUUGUUAGAGAAGAUUGUCAUUGAUGUAGUGGUAUCCUGAUACAAUUAUUACUGAUGUAGAAGUAUUGCGAUACUGUUCUACUAUUGUCAUUAUGGUUCAAAUGUCACACCAUGUGGUUGUCGAUUUAGCGGUAUCGCAAUACUACUGUCAUCGAUGUAGAAGUAUUGUGAUACAAUUGUCAUUAUGGUCAAAUUAUCAUCAAAGGCGGCCAACCAGGCACUGGGAGCUAGAUGUUUAGAUGUGCAAUAUUUAUAUUCACUCUUGUUUUUUUGCUUCCCCCCCCCCCCCCCAAGUCAUUGUUUUAAUGAGUUCUAAUUGUGACAAGCCAGAGCUUUGUUGUGUGAUCUAAAAGUAAGUAGUGUUGUUUGCGAUAAGCACAUAUUUCAUUGUUCGGGUUGGUCUUUGCCGAUUUAAUGCUUUUAAUGGAUUAGUCACCACUUUGUUGCACGGAUGCAGAACAAAAACCUCAGAGAGCUGACAUGAUGGAAUAAAUAAUGCGCUGUAUGGUUGCAUCUGUUUGCCUCAUUAAACAACCCCCCCCCAACACACACACACACACACACACGUAUAUUGAUUUAAUGUAUGUCAAUUGGUCUACAAAACUAAUGUCAAGCCAUUAUUUAUAAGGACCUCGAUAGUCCCCUGUGGUUACAUCAUGUGAAGGCACUGCCCCUCUCACCUCCUAUGAUUAUUAUUAUGUUUUUAAUUUUUGGCAUGUUCCAACCUUGUUUUUGUCUCUUCCAAAAAGACGUUGUACAUAUUUAUGACUAAGAGAGUAUUUCUGAAUCCAAUUGGUAACUUGUGAGUUUUUUCACCCCAUAUUGGGGAUUUUAUUUUUGCUGAAGGGGCUUGGGGGCAUCUUUGAAGGUCAAUUUGUUCCUGCUAUGAUUUAAAAUUUUUACAUUUCUACCUUGUAUGAUUUGUAUUUUAAAUAAACUAUUUCCCUUUUUAACAAUU